UAUGCCUAUAUGCAUACCAAACUCUAUGUGUGAACGACCCAUCAAACAUAAUAACGAUUAUUGUUGUAGAAACUUGAGCUUACGAUACGUGCCCCACUAAUCUGUUUGUUACAGCUGUUUGAAUUUGUUUGGCUUGUGGUAGUUCCUGGCGCAUUUUGCUCUUUGUUCGCUGUAUGUUUAAUAAAUAAAUAAAUAUUUUUUUGUGCGAAUUGUUUUUAAAUACAACAAGCGAAGCGUAUUGAUUGUUUCAUUUUACAUUUGUACAUCCGCUCAACAAAAAUGUCCGAAGAUGGUGAAUAUGAAACACAUGAGGACAACACAAAUUAUAAAGCUAUUAGUUGCGAAAAGAUUCCCGAGCUAUUCCUUGACAAAUUGGUGGCCAAGAAACAUUUCAGCAAAUUUGGCAAAAUAAGCAGAUUUAUUUUAAAACCUAAGCGGCUAAGUUGUACUGUGGAAUAUGAAACUGAGGAAGAUGCUGAAAGAGCUUACAUGGAAGCCGGUGAAUUCAACGGCAUUAGCUUUGAAGUUGAUUAUGCAGUAAAUCAAGUGGCGCAAGUGCAAAGCACCGAGGAAUGGGUAGAUCCGGAUGUGCAAUCUGAACUAGACGCCAUGUCACCGGCUCACCACAGACCGUUUGGUAGUGGCGGCGGUGGUGGUGGUGGUACAACAAUGAGAGCAGUUUUCAAUGCUCCACAACCUGCACAAAAGCUUAUGGCCUUUUCCCGUUUAGCGCCAAAACCCGCACCAGCAGUUAUAUUGCCUGUAACAAAGCAGCCGGCUUCGACAAAACUGACUGCUAUCAGAAGGGAUUCUCCAACACCAGAUAUGCCAAAAAUUGAUGCUUCCGUGCGCAGCGAACUAGAGGCAAUACUGAAAAGACCGGCGUUUACCGAUGAAGAUAAGUAUAGGGUCUUGGACGCACGUGACAAAUUAAUUCGCCUGACAACGGUGCGGCAAAUGGACAUUAAGAAAGCUGUUGCCACAAAAGGUACAUGUCCCGAUAUGUGCCCAGAAAAGGAGAGACUAAUGAGGGAGUUUCAGAGACAGGUCUCAACCUUUGAAAUGUCCAACGACGAUGAUAACUCACAAUCAACAAUAUCCCACAGAAAAGCCAUUAAGGAAUAUUCCAGAAGUAGUGCCGAUCAGGAAGUACCCUUAUCCCAUGAAUUGCGUUCUGAGUCAGUGCUGCAAAUGACCAUGUUAUAUUUAAUGCAUCAGAUAAUGGAUCUUUGUGACGAUCCUCAAACAUCUCUGGCCGAUUGGUUUCACUUUGUGUGGGAUCGCACACGUUCCAUACGUAAAGAUAUAACCCAACAAGAACUUUGUUCAUUGGGUGGCGUGCAAUUGGUGGAACAAUGUGCCCGUUUUCAUAUACAUUGUGCUGCCCGCUUGGUAGCUGAAGAUCCUUCAGUUUUUGACAAAAAGAUUAAUGCCGAAAACUUAACAAAGUGCUUGCAAACUCUAAAGUAUUUGUAUCAUGAUUUGCGUAUCAAGGGCAUACAAUGUCCAUGUGAAGCAGAGUUUCGAAGUUAUAUUAUCCUAUUAAAUUUGGGUGACUCGAAUUUCUUAUGGGAACUUAAGCAAUUGCCAACAGGUAUACAAAAGGCAAGCCAAAUCAAACGAGCAAUUGCUUUCUACAACGCUUUGCAGAACAACAACUUUGUACGAUUUUUUGCCAUGAUACGUUCUACAGAAACUUCGUAUAUGGAAGCAUGUAUCUUGUUGGGAUAUUUUAACAUACUGCGACUGCGAGCUAUGGAAGUUAUUAUUAAAUCCCACAAUUGGAGAAAAAAUGAUGUUUUCCUGCCUUUGUCUUACUUGACCCAGAUCUUGGGAUUUGAUGAUGAAGCAUCUGCUUUGAGUUUUUUUCGAUACCAUGGGCUACAAUGCGAUGAAAUGGAAGAUCGUGUACUUCUGGAGCGUAUGGGAACUCCAGACUUGGCAUAUGCAAUGGAUAGAGCGUUAAAGCUGGUUGAAUCAAAACGCAACGUAUCGGUUGGAGAAUGUGUAUAUGGUCAGCCUUUGCCAUCCCCUUUGGCAUUUGAGCAGCAUCAACCACAUACCAGCUUUGAUUCUAAUGGACUGCUUCGCAUAGAAGCUUGGAACGCAAAUGACCAAUUAAGAGGUGAUGAAGCACCCAAGAGAACCUUGGACGUAUCUAAAAGUUUACAACCGGCAGCUGUAACCAUACAGACACAUUUUAUUAAGCCUCCAGAAAACAACAUAUUCAAAAUGCCUCAAGCAUCGCCCCCCAUUUCGCCUAAGCAACAGCAGAAAAAGCAGCAGCAAUUGCUGCAGCCCGAACCUACUAAAUCUAUUUUUGGUACUUUUGCAAGCAACAAAGAUGAAGGUCGCAGUUCUUCUCCUGGAGGUUUCAAAUUUGGUGGAAAUAUUUUUGGUGGAUCUGCGAAUUCUAAUGCUACAUCUGUAACGUCAUUCAAACCCGUUCAAGAAACAACUGGAUCGUCUAUUUUCAAGCUACCCGUAUCCACUGUGCCUCCUUCAAUAGACAAUGCCCCAAGUUUUCAAAACUCUAUAUUUAAACCCAACGCAGAGGAGCCAAUUCCAACUCAAGCAACGGGAAAUAUUUUUGGGGGCUUUAUGAACAACGAUACACCACAACCCCCUAUCUCAGCCCCAAAGGUUAGCAUAUUUGGUAAUGCUGUCAAGGAAACGGCAAAUAUUUUCCAAACGAAAACAAUGGCAACUGCUGGACCUGAUCCCUUCAAGAACGAUAACGUAUUUCAGCAUUUCCAUACCAAAGUAGAUGCACCCAUAUUUGGAGGUUUUUCCAUUCAGACAGACUCCACUUCUUUUGAAAAACCUGCAAUUUCGUUUUCCCAAACGCCCUCCGCACAAGACAUUGAACAACGCAAACUUCAAUUGGAACGCGAACAUGAGCUCAAACAAAAACAAUUGGAGGAAGAAAGACGAAAGCUAAAGAAUUUGGAAGAGAAAAGACUACGCGAGAAGCAAUUGUUGGAAGAACAAAAACAAAAAGAAUUGGAACGCAAGAGCAAAGAAGCAUUGAGGAAAGCCUGCCUUCAAAAAGCCGAACAAGAAACCGAGAACAUUUUGACAAGCAUUCUACAACAGGAGUUGUCAACUAUUGCCCAAGAAGAGUUAAGAAAAUACCAAGCUGUGCAGCAAGCCUCCGAGUUACAAACUCAAUUACUGCUUAGUGAAGUGAUACAAGAAAUUGUCGAAGACAUAGCCCACGACGAAUAUGCUGUAAUGUGUUAUGACCAGUUAUUGCUUAAUCGUUAUUUCAAUCGCUGGCUAAUGCAUCUACGAAAGAAGCGCGAACAAAGAAAAUUGAUGGAAAGUACUCCACUGUGGGUGACCAUCGAUAGUCGAGCACAAUUUGCCCAUGCCCUGGAACAUCCUUGCCAGGAGACAAAUUUGGAUAUGAUAAAACGUUAUCGCAUGGGACAACCCUGCAACUUCCGACAACUUAUGCAAAUUGGGGCCAGUGUAGACCAUAGGCCUCCAAUAUGUCUAUUCACUUUGAUCGGGCGCCACUUGUUAACAAAACAAAAUGUUACCCCUGCCGGCCUGCUACAACAAAGACAAUAUUUUAAAUUGCUAAUCACCAUACCCUCCGACAAAGAAGAACUACCGGGGUUUGAAACAUUUUGCAAUAAAUGGCUCUUCAAACAUAUCCUCAAGGCUCAAUUAGAGACUGGCCCCUUCGUCCAUGGUCUUCUGCGCCAAAUGGCAUUGUGUGUACGCAAGCUAUCCGGUAUACAUCCCCACAACGAACAAGGCGAUGAAAUGAAAAACGAGGGCGACCAUAGCGAUGGCGUGCUGUGUUUCAUAAGCGGCGAAGAAUUCUGCUCCCAAGCCCAGAGACGACUGUACAACUUACUACAGAAAUCGAAAAAUUAUAAAAAGAUUCCUGUAGCCAUUAUAGCCUAUAAUUGCUUUAACGACAGAUAUAACAUAGCUGAGAUGUUAGAUUUAGAGACAUUGGAGGAAGAGGGUUUGCUCUACAAGUACAAAAUAUUCGGUAAUGGCGUAAGCAGAAAGGAUUUCAGUUUCCGCAAAGCCAUAAAAAGUGCCAUUGAUUUUAUAGCGGUGGAAAGUUAUAGAGAAAAUUGCACCGAUAUCCAGGCUCUGGCCAUGGAAAAUAUACUUAGUUUCCUAGAAUCUUCACUGGGUGAGGAAAUUUUUCAUAAGUUCCAAGAUUCUGCCUUGAACAAUCCAGUUUUCCAAAAGAUUUGCCAAAAGCCAGAAUAUGUUGAAGGCGUUUACCAUAAAGCCUUACAACAGCUGCAACAAAUAACCCAGGAAGAUUUUUCCGAGAUGCCAGAAUUUCCCGAAGAAUUGAAGGAGUUUGUACCUCAGCACCUGAAUUGUAUAAAUAUACCAUUAGGUUUGGAAUUUUUUCCCACCAAUUGGAAAAAUAACAAGCAAAGAAAAGUUUUGCAAAGCUUCUUCAAAAAACUUUUUUUGCCCAGCCCAAAAGAAACUUCCCCGCCCUUCUCUAGCAUAGAAGAUUUAGAAUUAUGGUUACUUAAUUAUGCUUCGCAAUGUGUGCCCCACGAUGACCUGGAAGCCACAAAAGCAGCACAUGAAUCAAUUCGGAAUUUAGUUGAACAAUUAAAACAACCUUCGCUGUAUGCUAUGGCAGCAACUGAAAGUAUGAAAAACCUUAACUUUCUGCCCAUAUUGAAGCCCAUUAUAUUUGCCCGCAUUAAUGCCACACUAAGAGAGUUUACGCAUGAAUUAAAAAAUGCCCCCGUGAUUUAUGUGAAAAGAAGUCUACAAAAGUAUUUGGUCCAACCAUGGUGGCUUAACUAUCAGCCUUUAGAUUUGGUAAAGAUGGACUAUAGCUUGAGUACAGAGCACGAAAACAAAUACAGUCCAGCUACUGAUAACCUGAACGAUGAACACAAAGAGAAUGAUCUAAAUGAAGAUUUGAACGAUGUCAUAUCUCAGGCCGAGGCCACCUCACUUAGGGUGGAAAAAAAUCUGCUUGCCCUAAAACAAAAGAAAGCGCAACAAGGAAUAACUGCCCUAAAUGGCGAAUGCCUCCAACUCAAACGCACACUCGACGAAUCGUUAUAUAAAUUCGAACUGUCAAAGAGAAUGGGACAAUAUGAUAAUGGCUAUAUAACAGAUUUGACUCAAGACAUCGAUAAAACCAUCAAUGAGGUUCUAACAAAUAAGGAAGCAUUUUACUCGCCUGAAGCGGGUCUUAGGAAACGUAAGCGAUUAAGCUUGAAGUCGCCUUUGGGUAACCAGCGGACGACACCCAAUCACUCAGAAAUAGACAAUGUUAUGGAACGUGCCAGGCAAUUGAUACAAAAAGUAGAAAACAUGGAGGACACCAGAAGACAGAGGGACACAUCUAAUAUAUUUCAUUGUGGAAUUUAAUUUAUCGUUUUUCCCCUUCAUUUUCAAAUUUUGUAGUAUUGAAGUUUUUAACUUUUAAGGUUUUUAUGUUAGACCUGCGAAUUUAUUUUGACAAAUUUAAAAAAUCAAAUAAAUUUGAAAUCUUUAUUGUUUUAA